AUGGACAUCUUGUUUUCUGUUUAUGGCUCUGGGCCACUCCCCAAGACAGCCUUGGAGGAGGUUGAGCGCCGGACUGAGGAAUUGCUCAAGUCUGGCACGUUCAACCAUCUGGAGAAAAAGUCCAAGCUGGACCAGCUACAAGAAACCUACCCUCCCUCCGUGCCAUAUUCUGCUACCUCCCAAGGAAGCCUCCCAUCUCUCCAACUCCCGCGCUUCGACUCACCGCCUACGGACCGCAGUACCCCGAUGCUAAGCCCAGAAACCAAGGGUGUUACACUACAAUCACUUUCUAUCACUAUCCCACGAUCCCCCGAAAGCCACUCACCGUGCCCCGGCACUGGCGAGGAAGACAGUGGAUCAGAAACACCGACGGCAAAUCUUGUAUCUCCGCACAAGCAGGUCAAGUUUCUGUCUCCGGGCAACGACGAGGAAGCCAUGUCAGAUCAGUCGUCAAUCUGCCAAUCUCCCAGCUGGGAGAACUAUGGCCAGCGGAAGAGGGAGAAGAAGCUCGAAGCCGAACGCCGGAAAAAGGAAAAGCUGCUAGCGGAGAAGGAAGCGAAGGCGUCGAAGAAACGUACCACCGCAAGACUCAGCAAACUCCCGCCGUCCGCCAGUACUCUGAACACCGGGGCACGAACAACUGGCUUUAUCAGUCCAGAGCGCUCCAUGUCUGAUCCGUCUCUGAUCACACAGCAUUCACUGUUGCAUCUCCAAACGGUCCAACGACCUGAGGGCAGCGGAAAGGCGGCGUCUACCGAUAAUCUUCAACCAAGCAGGCGUCACUUCCUCGCCUCCAGCGAUAUUGUAAACGGAGACAAUGCUGCUCGGCCCAAGACGGCCACUCAAACCGCCAUACACAAUACUCCCGGCGAUUCGCACUUGGAACUGCGGAGAUCUAUCUCGGAGGGGCCUCUUCCGAAUGUCGCAGCCAUUCCAUCGUCACUUUCACUACAUCAGGAUGGCCGGGUUCCAAGAGAUAUGUGUCCGCCUUCAGCCUCUAGAACACCAAUGCUAAGACAUAUGUCUCCGUCCGCCCAUACGAGAAGCAACAGCCUACCUCAGACGGCGGCUUCGCAGCCCAGAGGCCGCGAUGGGCAUAAAAUAAAUCUGACAUCGGCAGGGCUGGCUGAUGAGGAAGCGUUGGCGAACUCCAAGCCACAAGCUUCAUCAAGGAGUAGCUCAAGUAACCCUAGACAUUCGCGACGCUCCUCAUUCACCCAAGACGCCAAAGCGGCAGCCAUGAAACUCAUUGGCAGAAGAGGCACAUCUGCGACACGGAGCGACAACACGAUAGACACCCAACCGUCAGGCAUCGAGGCCGACUACUUUGGCGAUGCAAACCAUCCCCUCGCCUCAGGCUCAAGUCCCAUAGAAUCACAUGAAACUGCGACCCGCAUUCCUCCCUCUACAUCUCACAGCACUGGAAGUUCUGGGGGCUUCUCGAUGAUUUCUGCUAGCCAGAGUAAAAGAUCCCGAAGUCUCAAAGAUGCGGCGAAGGCAGCACUGAGCAUUGGAAAAAGACCUCAGCUCCAAACAAGCGCAACGACACACAUAGCAGGCCCGCCAUAUUUCUCAUUUCGAGACCGUAAGCAGUCAAAGGUGUCCAUGUCUCAGGAAGUGGGCAGUCCGAGUGUUCAGGAUGAGCCACCCACCCUGACAUCAGUAGUAAGGCGUCAAGAACUAAAGCUUUAUUUGAAGGUUCGGCAUGCUAAUGUGAAGCAGACCUCUGUAUCUCAGUCUGGGGCACCUGGUUCUGUGGCCAGUAACGGAACAACAAGUCAAACAGGAAGCCGCGCUUCCGAAGGCUCGUCGACUUCAACUUGCUCCACCUUCGAAGACGGAUCCUCUCUUGUAUCGCAAACAAUCACCCCGGACACAUCCAGGCCUCAGUCUUCUGGGGGUGAUUCUGCAUUGGAGAAUAUUUUGACUCAAAAAGAUCCCAAUUUCCAAGGGACCGACUACACACAGUCUGCAAGGUCGAGUAAAUCGACUACGCCUCGUCCUGGGAAUCCAGAAAAUUCUGGAUUAAGUUCAGGUGGCGAUGAUGACUGGUGGAAAAGAGAGGCCAUGCCAGUCGAUCAAGAUAAUGAUGCACAGUCUUUCAUGACGUCUCGCUCGACUUUCGAUGACACGGAUGAACCUUCGCCAAACUCGUCGAACAAUACAGCUGAGUUACCACUCAGGAACAGGACUGAGGGCUUGGAGUCUCGACUAGGCCUGGCAAGAAAACUACAAUCGGCAGACGCAUCUGGUUCACCAACCUACCCUACCCCGUUGCCGGGAUCCUCUGUUGCACCUGCCAUUGUGAUACCGCCUCGAUCCAUGAAACGGAAUCUUUCCAUUUCUGAUUCAGGUCACACAUCUCCGUACAUUGAGAGAAACACAGAAACUGCCCCAGCUCACUAUGGUCCCGUUGAAGAUGUUGCCACCAGACCUUUGAAGCGUGAGGGCGCAAAUCGAAAGCAAAAAAGGGAGUUGAGGACUCGGGAGUAUGGGAGCAACCAGUCUGCCUGGCACGGAAACGAGCACUCUGCCGAACCACAUCCUUUGUAUUUGUCGACAGAUUUACCCAGCCCACCCCUCCCCCCUAGAUCAGGGACCCGAAGAAGCAAGCCUGUUAUGGCUGCUGAGUUUCAAAUACCCUCGAGCCCUUACUCAGAGGACUUCCCUGGGGACGAUAGUGUUUUUGGUCCCAGCUCUCAUGUGGAGCCAUCACCUCACCCAAGCACCAGGUUUACACAUCAUAGCGCCGCCAGACCAUCAUCACAACCUCGAACACACUCUGCUCCAAUUCUGUCUCCUGCGCCUAUCUCAGCGCUGAGACCGCAUACUCCAUCGCCGCUUACUUCCCCGGGAGCACAAAAUUCAGGUGGCGCUUCUAAACCUGGACCGGUAUCUAUCCUGAAGCCACCAAAGCACUCAGAGAUAUCAUUGUCUGCACCGACAUCGCCAGGCCAGCCUCCCACCCUGUCCGCACUGCCGAGACACAUGCAACUGAAACCCGGCACCUCCAGUCGCACGCCGAGUACCGUCACAGAGUCACGGAUGGCUCCCAUAGCCAAAAUGUUCGUCGAGUGCUGCAGCUGCAAGUUUUACCACGACAUGCCAUCCAAAAUCUACGAAUGCAUGGCGAAACCGGACGCGGUGGUCGAGGACAGAAACCUGGGGAUAUCGGGAGCGAUUACCACCGCAGUGAAAUGCCCAUGGUGCCAACAUAGUAUGAGCACCGGUUGCUGCGCGGGUUAUGCUGCUGUUGUUUACCUCAAGGAGAAGUUGCACUAG